AUGAGUUUCGAUUACAAGGCAUACGUCGACGGCGGAUUGUUGAACGAUCGGUAUUUGAAGGUCAGAGAUAUCAGUGAAGGCUCUUUUGGAAUUGUUUCGCUAGCAAAAGACGUCAAAGAACAUGAUAGGCUCGUGGCACUAAAAUACAACACCACAUGUAUUAGCGAUUUCACCUUCGCGGAAGAGGAGGAUGAAAAGACAGUCAGCAAAUCGGUAGUUUUGAAGGAAACACAGAAGGAAAUUAAUAUGUUGAAACGGGUUUCGGGCCAUCCCAACAUCACCGAGUUGCUGGAUUGUUUCGAUAGCUACAUUGUGCUCGAAUACGCUUCACGCGGAGACUUGCAUGAUUCAAUUCAAAUGGGAGUUGCUCCAGCGUGCACUAGAGACGUGGUUGAUGUUUCGUUGCAGCUCUUGAGUGCUGUGGAGUACUGUCAUAGCAUGGGAGUUUAUCACCGAGACAUAAAACCCGAGAACAUUUUGAUCUGCGAAGAUUGGUCCAUCAAGCUCACAGAUUUUGGCUUGGCCACAGACGAGAAAUACUGUACCGAUUUUGAUGUUGGUUCCGAAAGGUACAUGGCCCCAGAGCUGUUGGACCAUAAGGAUAUUGAUACAUACAGCGCGGACAAAGUGGACAUAUGGUCAUUGGGAAUUUGUUUGUUAAACAUUGUCUUCGGCAAAUCGCCUUUCAACUCAGCAAGCUCCAAGGACCGCUUGUUCCUGCAUUUCGCGGCAAACAGGGAGACUUUGUUUGACAUAUUUCCAGCAAUGAGUUACGAUUUAUUUUCAGUUUUGAGAUCAAGUUUGACUAUUGAUCCUGAAAACCGCGAUCUAGAAACUAUGAAGGAUUCUUUGCUUAAGGUCGAGCAUCUCACGUGUGACUUUGAGUUUGAAGAGGAAGAAUCUGGAGUUAUUGAAGAGAAGCCUACAGAAGAAGAGACUACUGACAGGACUUCAGACAAGGAGAACCAGAAGGAGGCUGCUGCAAAGGCUAGCAACAAACAGUUGUCAGUUCCUAGACCUAAGCACAAGGCAGGUCAUCCACGGAAGCCGCUUAAGAUCCCAAGCAUGCGGAAUGUCCGGCACAAGUCUCAUAAUGGUCGGAUAAACAAGAGGGUAAACAUUCAACAUGAUGCUCACAAUAAUCAUUAUCUGGAUGAUUCAUUUAGGCGUGCUGACUUCUUUACUCCAAAGACUGUUUUCAAUCAUUAUAUGGAAAAGGCACAGAAACCUAAACACACUCAACAACGAACGGCUUCGGACAACGGCAGAUUUUAUCGGCGCAACCCCAACCAGAAGAACAGAGCCUGGAAGAAAAGAAAGCACAGGAACUAUCAUGCCAAGGACAACCACAGGUCUAGGAAAGCACACUAUAAGUCUAGAAGAAGCUCUGAUACUUACUAUAGGGGAUGCAAGUCUUUGGGACGGACACCUGUCACUCCAAAUAGCCAAGGCGAUAAUUUCUCGACAUCUGCAAAGUCUACGGGUGGAGCCAGACCUCGAAGCUUUGUGAGCCAUUCGGGUAAGUACAUUCCACCAAAUCUGCGGCAAUCUCCGAAAUCUGAAGUUGAGGAAAAUGUGUUUGAGUCGGAAGAUGAGAAAACCAGUGGUGAUGAUGAUUUGUUUCUCUUUGAAGAUGGCGAGCAUAAAUCAAGACCUUCAAAGAAUGCUCGCAAAUGGUCCAAUGCGAAAAAAGAAGUUUCGAACUAUCCUUCUGUGCUGAGUGGACAACUGGGCUUUUUGUCAAAGCAACUUGGUGAAGUCUCUUUGACUGACAAUGCAGAGCGGCAUAAUUCCAGGAACACCUCUUUGACAACGACUUUCUCCAGCAACUUCUCGUCGUUCGGUUCGAACAUAACAAGUACAACAACGUACGACAAGUACAUCCCUCCGCAUCAGCGCCGCAACUCCCACUCUUCUGUUUUGCAAGCUGGGGGUAUUUCGAAGAAACCUGAGAACGGAAAGUACGUCCAUACGCACUCUGCCGGAAAUAAGCCUAUACGUGUGAUGACUCCGAUUAUAUCCACGUCUGUUCCAACGAAGAAAACGAACUGGUUCCACAAUCAUCAGCAUUACGACUACAAGCAGUCAGGAGUUUUCGAUCCCGAGAAACAGAACGAUGUCGGGUUUUUAUUUGAGGAUGAGGGCGUGUCUUACGAUCUGGGCACUGUCGAAUUUUCCAAUAAUCGUGGACUGAAGAGCGAUCAGCAUGUUGAGGUUUUUGAAGUUGGCGAGCCUUCGAAGGUUCAGAUUUGA